AUGUCUUCUCCUGCCAGCGCCCAGUUCAGCAGCUCCAGUGGCUCGGGUUCCGUUUACACGGGCGGCCAGGCCACAUCCACUAACAGCACCAUGCUCAGCCAGUGGGCCGCCACACCAGACCGAGCUGAGCGCUUCUGGGCCACAGGAGAGAGGACGAGGAGGAGUGCGAUGGAGAAGGCUGACACGAUUGUGGCUUUCGACAGAGCCUUUACCGGAACAAGAUCCUAG